AUGAGUAGAAGAAAGAUUCCCCUACAGGAGUUCACGGUUGGAUGGGUUUGUGCGCUCCCAAUCGAGCUCGCCGCGGCGCAGGAGAUUCUAGAUGAACGGUACCAGGACCUAUCAUACCAGGACGCCAAUGACACCAACCUAUAUACGCUUGGUUGUAUUAAUAACCAUAACGUUGUUAUUGCAUGUCUUCCGGCAGGUCAGUUAGGAACCAGUUCUGCUGCUGUCAUCGCCGCCCGGAUGAAGUCAACCUUCACAGCGAUUAGGUUCGGCCUGAUGGUGGGAAUUGGAGGCGGUGUCCCAAGCGACCAAGCAGAUAUUCGGCUCGGGGAUGUCGUCGUUAGUCAGCCAACGAAACGAAAUGGAGGAGUCGUUCAGUAUGAUAUGGGAAAGGUUAAACCGCGCAUUUGUGAACGAACAGGCUCACUGAAUUCGCCACCGGAAAUCUUACUCAACGCACUGUCGAAAUUAAAGACCAUUGAACUGCGAGGGAUGAGUAGUGUUGCAUCCUGGCUAUCCAUACUGAACAGUUCACCAGUGUUCACGUCUGAGAACGCAGGACCCGACAUAUUAUUUGAAUCAACCUACGAGCACGUUGGCGGGGACAAAUGUGAAAGAUGUGAUAUUGACCGACAGAUCCGGCGGCAAGCUUAUGAAAGUAGAGGAUGUACCGUUCAUUACGGCACCAUCGCCUCUGGCAAUCAGGUUAUGAGGGACGGUCUGUUAAGGGACCAAGUUAGCCGGGCGCUUGGUGGAGUACUUUGCUUCGAGAUGGAAGCAGCAGGACUCAUGAAUAGUUUCCCCUGUCUUGUUAUUCGAGGCAUCUGUGACUAUGCAGACUCUCAUAAGAACAAGAGAUGGCAGCCUUAUGCGUCGGCGGCCGCAGCCUUGUGCGCGAAGGAGAUCCUGUCAAUUAUCCCGCAAACCGAAGUGCGAGAAACACAAAGAGCCCAAGGAGUGUUCUUAUCUGAAUUCCUACGAUCUAUCAUUGAUGGUGUAGAUCCACAGCCGUUUCUUGAAGUACUUUCAAACCAGGACCAUGGCCAAGAAAUACCUAAAAUCACCAUCGAUUUUCAACAGCAGAGAUUUCAUUGGGUCUUCAAGAAUAUUGAUUUCAAGCACUGGGUGCAAUCCAGCCUUCCAAAGGGGCUUUGGCUCUCUGGGCCGCCCGAAUGCGGUCUCUACGAAGUUUCAUCACACAUUGCGCAACCGGGAAAUACCACUUGGACACCUCGCGGCGUUCUGCGAUUUUUCUGCUCAUUAAAGAAAGGUGACGAGACAAGUGCUAAACUUGUUCGAAGGCUCUUGUUUAAAAUCAUCUACAGGUCAUCAACGCAGCAAGUAUCCAUUAUGAAAGGGUUUCUUCAUACCCUACGCGAGAGACUAGUGAAACGACGCGAAAGAGAUGCCGAACGGCACGAAAGGGGUGAAGAACGGCGGGUGGCACCGAAGGUCAUUUCCGAAUGGCACCAUAAAUUAGACACUGUCUUUAAGGACGAUGACCCCCCGCAUGAAGUGAUAAAGAAGAUGCUUGAAGAAGCCUCGGCAUUUGAUCAUUGGGUUGCUUUACAAGCAGCUCUGGAUAUUGAACAGGACUUAGAAAUGCUGAUCGUCAUCGACGGACUGGACGAUAUUGAAGAUCACAGAGAUGAAUUCAAGCAUGGAGUUCGUGGCUUUGUUGAUUAUCUUCUAGGACGGACGACAAGAGCUAAGGUUUUACUCACGAGUCGACCACGAGCUGACUUGAAGGAACUCUUUGCCGGGUUACCGUGUAUCGAAUAUGACAAAGAGAGAAAAGAUUGCCUUGCUAGUCUAUACUUCGAUAACUCCCGUUAUGGUAGGAUCUCAGAAGAACAUGAAGGCUCCCUCAAGUGGAUCUGGACACAUACUCAGUGCCUGAAAUGGUUGGCAGCAGACACCUCCCGGCUCUUAUAUCUCCAAGGAAAGCCUGGAAGUGGAAAGCAAAAAUUUUACUGGAGCGGGAACUGA